CCUGCCUGUGAGCUGAUGAUCAUGUUUCGACUGAUGAUCCACACCCCUUAUGGGCCUGGUGUGGUUCUGCUCCUGCCCUUUGUUGACUCCUUUCAGAGAGGGGCUCUGAGGACAUGAGCCUUCAGUGUCUUUCCCUGCAAGUUGGCCUCUAAGGAUGGGGCUGUGCUGUGUGGUGCUAAUGUCCAGUUCCUCAUCGGGGACCCAGUAUUGUCAGUGAUGACUGUGAAGGACCUGAACACAGCCACACCCAUGAUGGCUCAGAAUGCCAUGACCAAGUCCCUGCUCAAGAGACCUCUGGAGACCCAGAUGGAGAAGCUCAAGAUCAGUGACCAGCUCUUGCUGGAGAUCAACGAUGUGACCAGGGCCUGACUCCAGGUGGGCCAUGUGGAGCUGGCAGUGGGGUCUGUGCUGCAGCCACCUCAGGACAGCCUGGCUGGGCCCGGCCUGCACAGUCCCCUCCAGCAGCUGGCUCUCCACUUCCUGAGGAAGGGCAUGCCUGCAAUGGCAGGAGGUGCCCUGCCUCCAGGGCCAGAUACCUUGGAGGUUGGGAGCGAAGUUGAGCUGCCUGCCCCUCAUCUUGGUGCUAGGCCCAGCUUGAAGCAGCCUAUGGCAGAGGGGCUGCUGACUGUUCUGCAGCCCUACCUGUCUGAGGCCCUGGUCCACCAACCUGGGGCCUGCUACCAGUUUGUCAUCCUGCCUAGUGGUACCCAGAGCACUUACUUCCUGGACCUCACUACAGGGCAAGGGAGGGUGGGAUGUGGGGUACCUGAUGGCAUCACUGACAUGGUGGUAGAGAUGGCUGAGGCUGACCUAUGGGCCCUGUUGUGCAAGGAGCUAUGGUCCCUGGAGGCCUAUGUGAGCGGGCAGCUGAAGGUGAAAGGUGACCUAGAAGUGGCCAUGAAGUUGGAGGCUGUCCUCAGGGCCCUGAAGUAG